AUGUUGGUUGAAGCUUUUAAUUCGGCUAGACCAGUCACGUCUACAGCUCAGUCCGGAUGCAACCUGACACGACUUCAGGUCUAUCAUGGUUACAACCUGUUUUGGUUCAGGUUGACGGUCAUACUAUUAGUUACAGAUUUGGUCGAACUUUUCAUUUAUUUCGGCCGGUCACGUCUACAGGUCCGCACAGGGGAGUCCUUUGGGGAUCUCUGUGGCCUAGAGCAUGCUACAGAGGAAAGUAUAAAUGAUCGUAUGAUAUUGGGAAAUAAUGUCACCUCCAUCAUCCUUCUUGGAUUUUCAGAUCUUCAAAGCUUUCCGAUUUUGUUCUUCUCACUAUUUGUCCUUAUAUAUUGUGGGACCAUCACAGGAAACCUUCUUAUCCUGGUCUUCUUUUUAGCCAGUAAAUCUCUUCAGUCUCCCAUGUACCUCUUUAUUACACAGCUCUCAUUGUGUGACAUUUUGGUGACUACAGAUAUUUUGCCCACUCUCCUUCACACUGUACUCUAUGGAGGAGGCUCGGUGUCUUUUAUUGGCUGCAUCCUCCAGUUUUGUAUCUUUGCCCUAUCAGAGUGCUCAGAGUGUCUUCUCCUGUCACUGAUGUCUUAUGAUCGGUAUCUGGCCAUCUGUCACCCCCUCCAUUAUCACUCCGUAAUGAACCAUGUGUUCUGUGUGACCUCAGUAGUUGUGAUAUGGUUGAUUGGUAUGAUGGUGAUGUUGAUUGAUGUCAUUUCUAUCUUAAGUUUUCAUUUCUGUGGACGGAAUGUUAUCGACCAUUUCUACUGUGACUUAGAACCACUAGUGCAGCUCUUCUGCUCGGAUACAUCCAUCAUUCAUGAGCAGAUUCUUAUCAUAGGAAUCUUAGUUCUCAUGGUACCUUUUAUAGUAAUUGUGCUGUCCUAUGUGUACAUUGCCAUCACCAUUCUGAAGAUCCCGUCCAUUACUGGAAGACAGAAAGCCUUCACCACUUGUAGCUCCCACCUCACUGUAGUUUCCAUAUUUUAUGGGACAUUGAUCAUUUCUUACAUGUUUCCAACAAAAGGACGAUCCCUGAUCCUUAAUAAGUUCUUGUCUUUGAUGUAUACUAUGGUGACCCCCCUGCUUAAUCCCAUUGUAUACACUCUGAGGAACAAAGACUUUAAAGAAGCUUUUCGUAAAAUGAAACUUGGUCUCUGA